AUGGCAAACACCGUGAGCGCAGUCGGGUGGGGCACCAAGGACUCGUCGGGUAUCCUCACCCCUCUCAAGUUCACCCGUCGGGCCACGGGCCACAAGGACGUCCAGUUCAAGGUCAUGUUCUGCGGGGUCUGCCACUCGGACCUCCACCUCAUCAAGAACGAUUGGGGCUUCGCCAACUACCCCAUGAUCCCGGGCCACGAGAUCGUUGGCCUCGUCACCGAGGUUGGGCCCGGCGUCACCCGAUUCAAGCCCGGCGACAAGGUCGCCGUCGGCGUCAUGGUCGGCUCGUGCCGCAACUGCGACUACUGCACUGUCAGCCUCGAGAACUUCUGCCCCGAGAAGCUCGACACGUACAAUGGCGUCCAGAAGGACGGCUCCCUCACCUACGGAGGUUAUUCCGAUCUCAUGGUUGCCGAAGAGGAUUUCGUCAUCCGGUGGCCGGACAAUUUCCCGAUGGACCGCGGGGCGCCCCUCGUCUGUGCGGGAAUCACGACCUACAGCCCGCUGAGAUACUACGGGCUGGACAAGCCGGGCCUCAAUGUCGGUGUGGCCGGGCUGGGCGGGCUUGGCCACGUCGCGGUGAAGUUUCUCAAGGCGUUUGGUGCUAAGCUGGAGCCGGCAGCGGGGACGCUGGACGGGAUACUGGAUGCGGUGGCGCCUUUCCACUCGAUACAGGCGCUGCUCAACCUGCUGAAGCCGAACGGGAAGCUGAUUGUGGUGGGGCUGCCGGAGAGGCCGCUCGAGCUGCCCAUGUUUGCGCUGGCCACGCAUAGGAAGAUGGUUGGCGGGAGCAUGAUUGGUGGGAUCAAGGAGACGCAGGAGAUGAUUGAUUUUGCGGCCAAGCAUAAUAUAUUGCCUGAUGUUGAGGUUAUAUCCAUGGAUUAUAUUAACACGGCGAUGGAGAGGCUGGCGAGGGCGGAUGUCAAGUACAGGUUCGUGAUCGACGUGGGGAAGACUUUGAAGGCUGAAGAUUGA